CUGCAUAAUAAGUCUCAGCUGACUUGUUAGCUGUGCUAACUAAAGGAUCAAUGAAUGGCGUGAAAGGAGUAGGAUUUACAUAAAACGAUUUUCGCACAGAAAUAUGCCACGGCGUAGCAAAGACCCUAACAAGCCAAAAGGGAAAAUGGCAGCUUAUACAUUCUUCGUCCAAAGCGAAAGAGAAGCCAUGAGAAUUCGAAAUAAAGAGAACGGUAAAAGUGAUAUGCCAGGUGGCAAUACCUCGUUUGCAAAAUUCUGUAGCGAGAAAUGGAAGUGCCUAGACGAUGCGAAGAAAGCUCCUUUCUUGAAACUAGCUGAGGCAGAUAAAGAAAGAUAUGAGAAAGAAAUGGCCACUUAUGUCCCAAGCGAAGACAACGAAGCAAGCAACGAUAACACCGAAACACCGAAGACAAAGAAAUCUCGCAAAAGAAAAAGACAUGUUGACGAAAAUCACCCAAAAAGAAACAAAGCGGCCUUUAUGUUUUUCUGUGACGACCACAGAUCUAAAGUUAGUGAAUCUCAACCUGAGUUGAAAAUUACAGAAGUGUCAAAAGUCUUGGGUAAGAUGUGGGCAGCGAUUGAUCCGGAAAAGAAAGAAAUAUAUAACAAGAUGGCAGGAGAAGACCGCGAACGUUAUGCAAAGGAGAUGGAAGAGUACAGGAAGACAACUAGUGAAGAUACAUCGAGUGCAAAAAAACAGAAAUGAACAACGAGCAUUCGUGUGUAUGGUCCUUAGAUUUUUCGUGGGAAUCCGAUAAGACGUUCUUUAAUGAUGUAUAUAAAGCUUGCUGUUAUUGUUUUUAGUUCACCAAAAAUGUUUUGACGAAGUUAACAUUAAUUUUGAUAUCAUAUAACUGUACUGUCUCCAUGUUUACUCGAGACACUUUACAGACACUUUGU